UAGUUUCGAGCAAUGCAGAGCAAAGAUAUGUCAUUGCUAAGAAUGGCCUUCGUGGUACUGCUAAUUGAGAGGGCAUACACUGUCUGCCUGCUUCAAGGGAUGGCAGAGGGGCCUGAGCUAGCCCAAAAGGGGGACUUGACAAUUGGAGGCAUUUUCUCAUUUCGCACCAGGCAAAAAUACAUCAUUGACACAUUUGAGACCAUUCCUCAGAAACGACAAUGCCAGAACUUCAUUUUCAGGGAAUUUAAAUUUGCUCAAACUAUGAUCUUUGCUAUAAAUGAGAUCAACAAAAAUCCAGGAAUACUCAACGGUGUAAAGCUUGGCUAUAAGAUAUAUGAUGAUUGUGGAACUAUGGAUGUACUUAGAGCUGCACUUGCUUUGGUAAAUGGACAAAGGAGUGAACUCAUUGAGAAAAACUGUACUCGGAGUGAAACAGUACAAGCUAUACUUGGACAUUCAGGAUCAAGGCCAACUAUUCCAAUUGCACAAACUGUUGGCCGGUUUCAUGUACCUGUGAUCAGCCACUUUGCUACCUGUGCCUGUCUAAGCAACAGAAGGACGUAUCCUACCUUUUUCCGAACUAUUCCUAGUGACUAUUACCAGAGUAGGGCCCUGGCAAAGCUGGUGAAACACUUUGGCUGGACCUGGAUUGGAGCACUAGCUGUUGAUAAUGAAUAUGGCCUUAAUGGUAUUUCGGCAUUGAUACAAGCUGCAAUUGAAAAUGGUGUAUGCGUUGAGUAUUCUGAAGCCUUUUCACGAACGGUGUCAUCGCAUAAACUGAGCAGAAUAAUAGACAUCAUCAAACGCUCAACUUCAAAAGUGAUCAUGGCGUUUAUGACACAUCAAGAGAUAAAGGUGCUGGCAGCAGAGUUGUACAAACACAAUAUUACAGGACUUCAGCUUGUUGGCAGUGAUGCCUGGCUCACAGACCACUCUCUCACUGACAUUGAGGGCCACAGCAUCCUGGUGGGCUCCAUCGGCUUCACCGUCAGCAGAGCUCAGAUCCCGGGGUUGGGGAAGCACCUUAGGGAUGUUCAACCCUCACAGUUCCCUGACAGCCAGUUUGUCAAAGAUUUCUGGGAAUAUAUGUUUAAUUGCUCUCUCAAUGGGAUGGAUUAUAUGAAAAGAAAACCAUGCAGUGGGCUUGAAAGCUUACAUGACAUUGAAUCACAGUUCACUGAUGUAUCUGAAUUGAGAUUUACUAACAAUAUAUACAAGUCUGUUUAUGCUGUGGCCCAUGCUCUAAACAAUCUAUUAAAGUGUAGAGAUACCCAGAGUCCAUUAUCAAAUGGAAGCUGUGCAGAAAUAAAGUAUAUUCAACCAUGGCAGGUCCUACAGCAUCUGCAGGCUGUGAAUUUCACGACAACAAACGGGGAAAGGGUUUAUUUUGACAGUCAAGGAGACUCACCAGCGAGAUAUGAUCUUGUUAAUUUACAGAUGACCAAAAAGGGAACGAUGGAAGGUGUCACAGUUGGCAUCUAUGACGCCUCUCUUGCAGAGAACAAUCAGUUUUUAAUGAAUAACAUCUCAGUUGUUUGGGGUGGUGGUCAUACUGAGGUUCCAGCGUCAGUGUGCAGUGUGAGCUGUCUACCAGGAACACACAAAGUGCUGCAGAAACAACGGCCGGUCUGUUGUUACGACUGCAUACCCUGUCCCUUAGGCGAGAUUAGCAAUGCAACAGAUUCAAUAGACUGCAUGAAAUGUCCAUUAGAAUAUUGGCCUAAUAAAUACAGAGAUUCCUGCAUUCCCAAAGAAGUGGAAUUCUUGGCCUACAAUGAAACCAUGGGGAGUGUCGUGGUCCUUUUUUCCCUUUUUGGCGUAUUUCUGACCACCAUUACAACGCUAGUCUUCUAUUGCCACAGUGAAACCCCUCUAGUGCGAGCUAAUAAUGCUGAGCUGAGCUUCUUGCUGCUGUUCUCCUUGACUCUGUGUUUCCUGUGUUCUCUGACCUUCAUCGGCCGUCCCUCAGACUGGUCCUGUAUGCUUCGCCACACAGCUUUUGGGAUCACCUUUGUCCUCUGUAUCUCAUGUGUUCUGGGGAAGACUAUAGUGGUGUUGAUGGCCUUCAGGGCCACACUACCAAGCAGUAAUGUUAUGAAAUGGUUUGGUCCAACUCAGCAGAGACUCAGUGUAUUGGCUUUCACUCUCAUACAGGUUGUGAAUUGUAUACUCUGGUUAACAAUCAAGCCUCCAUAUCCCAUUAAGAAUAUGGAAACCUACAUGGAUAAGAUCAUUCUAGAAUGUGCCUUAGGAUCCCCUAUAGGAUUCUGGGCUGUGUUAGGGUACAUAGGACUUUUAGCUUUAUUAUGUUUCAUACUGGCUUUUCUUGCAAGAAAGCUGCCUGAUAACUUCAAUGAGGCGAAGUUCAUCACCUUCAGCAUGUUGAUAUUCUGUGCAGUCUGGAUCACCUUCAUCCCUGCUUAUGUCAGUUCUCCUGGGAAGUUCACGGUAGCUGUGGAGACCUUUGCGAUUUUGGCUUCAAGCUAUGGGUUGCUUUUUUGCAUAUUUCUACCAAAAUGUUACAUACUUUUACUGAAGCCUCAGAAAAACACAAAAAAACACAUAAUGGGAAAGAAUUAAAACCGUGAGAUUCUUUAAGAGGAUUAAAAUAUUGAAUUUAUGUGAAUCUACUGAUAUGUGAAGUUAUUAUAAAUGACUUAUCAAUAUGAAUAAAAACGAUCAAAGUAAACUAUGGUAAUUAAAAACAUGUAUAGAUAAAUGGAGAGUAUGUAUUCAUGCCACAAAUUAACAACGUAAGGAUGCAUGGAAUUACAUAAAAUUCCAUCUUUAAAAUAUUUAGUUAACUUUAGUUCAACUAAGUUCAACUGAGUGAACUAAUUAGUAAUUCAUAUUAUCAGACAUCAAAAGUCUAAAGCUAAUUUCUUUGUUUAAAAUGUUUAAACUCAACCAUAUUGAAUGAUCAGUUGAGAUAUGGCAGAGUAAAUAAAAACAUGAUCGAACAGCUAUGGAUUUAUAUAUGAUUAAAACAGGAGCCAAAGCUAAUUGGGAUGGUUUGUAUAAGGUAUUAAUCAGUCGGCCAAACAUAUUAGCAUAUGUAUAUUAUAAUAUGAAAAUUUACUACAAUUGUAGUUAAUUGAAAAAGUAUUUAUGUUGUCACACUUUAGCCCAUAUGGGAAUUAAUGAACACUUUCAUGAUUGUUUGACAUUUCUUUACAUUUCUGAUGAAUUUAAAAAAUCUAUCCAUCUGGUGAUAUGUAGUGAAUAGUAAAACUGUUGAGAAUAGUCACUGAGGUAAACAUGCUGAAAAGCUGUCAAUAACAAACCACUGAGAAAAACACUUAAUGGUAAAUAGGUCACCAUCUGGUGUAAAUAUGCCUCCAUUACCCAGUGGCGGGCGUCCUUAGGGGUUGAUGGGACUAGAGUCCCCAACCUCGACACAGGGGGGGGGGGGGACGACGACAUUGUAUCAGAUUGCCUCAUCUGCUUUCAACCAGCUGAACAACAGGUGACAGACAAGUCUGCCCAGGCAUAACGAUGGAGCAUGAGUGGAUUCUAAUUAUUACAAUACAUUACGUAAGACAUGGUUAUUA